AUGCCACCAAGAGUAGAUAGUGUAGCGCUACUUGAACACACCAUGCAGAUGAUCAGGGAAACUCAUGCCAACUGGGAUGAAGACCAAGUCUUGGAGUGUGCCUUCUCGCUAAUGAACCUCCAACCCAACACCAACCAAGCGGAGAAGAUCCCCAAGUCGGUGCUCAGCAUCAUCUCGCAAAUCGUCAAGCUCAACGAGAACAACUGGGCCAUCUGGGAGCCGAUGUUCAUGGACUGUAUCCGCCCAAUCAAGAAUGCCAAGCAGAUCCUCACUGAGGAGAUUUCCAGUGGCCAUACCGACUAUGAUGAGGAACUGGACAGCCACUUGCUGGGUCUCAUCUUGUCCUCCUGUGACCACGGACCCACCAGCCGUAUCAACACCUACACAGUGCAGGAGCAAGGUGAGGAGGAGCAGCUCGGCUCUACACUCUACAAGAAGCUCAAAGCUGCUCUCACAAUAAACGACGAAGUUAAACUCUCCGCCAUUCACGACCGGGUACACAAAGUCAAGCUAGCCCAGUGCAACAUUGUCAACCUCGGUAAGGAGCUCGAUCAAAUCUGGAAUGACACAGCCAGGCUCGGCAGCCGCAUGGACGAAAAGCUCAAGAAGUCUACCCUGUACCGCUGCAUCAAGGACGACUGGCUCUACACCCAGACAGUAGACUCCCUCAAAGCUGCUCAACCUGGUUGCAGCUAUGAGUAUGCCUAUCAUGCACUAGCUAAGAAGCACCAAGAAGCCGAGCUCUCAGGUCGUAUCCAAGCCACGGCCAGAGUCGCGAGCAAUAGAAGUUCAACAGGCCAAGCUGGCGAGCAUAGGCAGAUUCUUAACCAAGAGGGCUACAAUAGGGGCAGGCGCAACCCCACAAACCCUAACGAACCGGCCAAGUGCUAUAAGUGUAGGCAACCCGGGCACAUUGCCAUCAACUGCACCAACACUACACAUCACAUGGUACGUGAUGAGGGUAAGCUCAUUGCCCUGACGCCGAAGCAAGGAUCCGUAGAUACUGCUGGACAUGAACGAUUGCGAGUACAGGCAAUAGGUGAUGCAACUCUGCGAGUAAGAGACGUUAAGAUACCACUCACUGAUGUACUUCACGUUCCCAACCUUAGCAAGAACCUAUUGUCCAUCCCAGCAUUGACUGAAAAUGGUGCAUGCAUGAUAUUUGAAGAAUCUGGAGCUACUAUCCUCCAGCAUGAUGGGAGCAUGGUCAAGAGCAAGACCAACCAGCGCAAGAAGAGAUGGGAGGUUUACGGUGACUCCCUAGCAGCACAGCUCAAUGAUCCCCUAGAGGGCAUUGAUGCCACCACAACACCAGCAAAACCCGCAAGCCACACGACAAGCAAACUAUGGCAUGAACGAUUCGGUCAUCCUGGCAGGAACAAGACCAAGCAAAUCCAGGCCCACUACUUAGGAAAAGAGACACAGCUUGGACAUGAUGCAAGGGACUGCAACUGUUGCAGCCAAGCAAAGCAAACACGCGCAAGAAUGACAAGUAGCAAAACAGAGCGAGCCCAGGCACCCCUGGAGCUGGUACACAUUGACUUGAUGAUGGACCUGAAAGGUCAUCCCAACUACCACCAUGCACUGGUAGUUGUAGAUGACUCGUCAUCCUAUGUAUAUGUGAAACCACUCCUCAGCAAGGCCGAAGCAUUCCCCGCUCUAAAGGCAUGGAUCAAGGCAGCAGAGAUAGCAACAGACCACACGCUAAAGUGCAUCCGCAGCGACAACGGAACAGAGUGGUCCAGCUUUGGAGCAGAAGAAUGGAAAUGA